CGCGGGGAGAGAGACUCCAGUCACGCCACCCUCCCAGCACUGUGCUGUGUAUGAUUGCCGCGAUGCAGGCAGGCUAUUCGUCCAAGGAAUAGGAUCGUAGUUGGAACACUUUAGAGAACAGGUGGUCGGUAAAACGUUAACGUUUAGACGGUAUGAAGAGACGAUGAAGAUUAUUGCUGUCUGCUUGUUUGGAAUACAAUCUUUUUGACACCAAAGGAAAUUCAUAAUUGGAACAUCCUACAAAGUAGUGAGGAAUACACCUCAACGGAAGUACAUCGGGAUUCGGGAACUAAUAUGAAAGUGACAGUGUGUUUUGGGAGAACCAGGGUGGUGGUUCCUUGUGGCAAUGGAACUAUUAAAGUCCACAGUCUUAUCGAGCAAGCCGCCAUGAGAUAUAAAAAGGCUAUUGCGAAGGAUCCUGGCUACUGGCUACAGGUGCACAGGUUGGAGCAUGGGGACGGAGGCAUACUGGAUCUGGACGACACACUGUGCGAUGUGGCCGAUGACAAAGACAGGCUGGUGGCAGUGUAUGAGGAGCAGGACCCUCACCAUGGAGGCGAUGGCACCAGUGCCAGCUCAACGGGCACACAGAGCCCUGACCCCUUCACUGGCGUCGCAGAGCUCAACUCCAGCAACAUGUCCGCCUUCCAGCCCUACCAGACAAGCAGCGAGAUAGAGGUUACCCCCUCCGCCCUGCGCAGCAACAUGCCUCUCCAUGUUCGGCGCAGUAGCGACCCCUCAAUGGCGGGCCUUCCCCUGGGUGACCCACAUACAGCACCGGAGGAACCAUCCCGUAAGAACCCCACACGAUGGUCCACCACGGCAGGCUUUCGCAAGCACAACCACCAACACAGCCACAGCCACAGCCAAAACACUGGGACCAACAGCCUGGAACGCAAGGAUGUAGAUGCGUACCGGAGUCUCCCUCGUGAUUCAGCAGUUUGGGCCACCCAGUUCCAGAGAGAGACUGCCCGCUCCUCACUCAGUGCCAACCACCCCAUGGUGGACCGUUGGCUGGACAGACAGGAUCAGGAGGAGGAGGAGGAAGAGGAGAGGGUGAAGCAGGAAGAGAGGAAUGGGAGAAUAGAGCCGGUGGGGAGAGCAGACUCCUGUGUGGAACACUCCCCACCGUUAUCUCUGAAUGACAUGCUAAAGCUGGUAGAGGUGUCCAAUGUCGGCGGGCCUCUGGGGAUCCACGUUGUGCCUUUCAGUGCCACGGACAGAAGGACCCUUGGGUUGUUAGUGAAGCGUCUGGAGCGCGGCGGCAAGGCGGAGCAGGAAGGUCUGUUCCAGGAGAACGACUGUGUCGUCAAGAUUAAUAACGGGGAUCUGAGGAACAUCCGAUUUGAACAAGCCCAGAACAUGUUCAGGCAGGCCAUGCGUUCUCCUGUCAUUCUGUUCCAUGUGGUCCCAGCCUCCAUGAAGAGCCAGUAUGAGCAGCUCUCCCAGGAGGAGCUUAGCCCCCCAUGUCCGAGGGGGGAGAGGGGUAACCGGGGAAGCUUCACCUCCAGCCAGGCCUCGGACCCCCAGGCCCCACAACCCGGGGAAAGGGGUAGUCUGGUGGUCCACGGGGGGGUGGGGUUGGACCACAACCCACAGAGGAUGUCCUCCAGGUCAAGACCACACCCCAUUCCCAUCCCCAACAUCAAACACCAGAACCAUGGUCCUCUACCACAGCGUGUACCAGACCAGCGCUUCUCCACCUCGCUACCUCACAGCGGAAGCAACAACGUCUCCUCGGCCCCCUCUCCAUCCCUGCAGAGGAGAGUUAGUGCCAACCCUACUGCAGGCUACCUAAAGAAAACUGGCCGGAGACUGAACAUCCAGCUGAAGAAAGGUCCUGAGGGUCUUGGAUUCAGUAUCACAUCACGUGACGUCCCCAUAGGAGGCUCCGCCCCCAUCUAUGUCAAGAACAUCCUGGCUCGGGGUGCUGCUAUCCAAGAUGGCCGCCUGAAGGCUGGCGACCAGCUGCAAGAGGUGAAUGGGGUAGACCUGAAUGGGAGGAGUCAGGAGGAGGUGGUAGCUCUACUCAGGAUCACCCCCAUGGGAGGAACAGUCAGUCUGCUAGUCCUACGCCAAGAGGACUCCUAUCUACCUAGAGAAGUGAAGUCAGAAGAAGAGGACCUGGUGUUGACCCCAGAUGGUACCAGGGAGUUCCUGACCUUUGAGAUCCCUCUGAGUGACUCGGGGUCGGCAGGUCUGGGGGUCAGCGUCAAGGGAAACCGCUCCAAGGAGAACCACGCCGACCUGGGCAUCUUUGUCAAGUCCAUCAUCAACGGAGGGGCCGCCUGCAAGGAUGGCCGACUGAGAGUCAACGACCAGCUGAUUGCCGUCAAUGGCGAGUCGUUGCUAGGGACGCCCAACCAGGAUGCCAUGGAAAUGCUUCGCCUAUCCAUGUCGACGGAGGGCAACAAACGAGGGAUGAUCCAACUCAUCGUUGCCAGGAGGGUUGCCAAGAGCAACGAGGAGGUUCCAGGAAGCUCGAGGGUGGAGGAGCAGCCUCUGACAGACCCUCUGGACGACCAUGAGCGCCACAUCUCCCACUCCAUGUUCGGGACCAGAGAGUGCUUGGACGACCAGACCUCCAUGCCGUCACGCAAUGUCAUGAUGGGACAGCGCAUGAUGGGUAACUACCAGCUGUCUCCGACUGUGAACAUGCCCCAGGACGACACCGUCAUGAUCGAAGAUGAUAGGCCACCUGUGAUCCCCGCCCACAUGUCUGACCAAUCAUCCUCCAGCUCCCACGAUGAUAUGGGCUUUGCUGCAGAUAACCCAGUGACUUGGGCUCAGGACGUGCCAAACCAAAAUGAGUGCUCCCUCAGUCCGGACACAGAAGACCCAGAAGAUUCCUUUCAGAGGGAGGGGUUUGGACGCCAGAGCAUGUCAGAGAAACGCACCAAACAGUUUGGCGACAAUGCCAAUCAGCUUGAGAUCAUCAAGACGCGCAAGUCCAAGAGCAUGGACCUAGUAUCAGACGAGUUUAACCCCCACCUCACCCCCAGCACAGAAAACAUGGAAGGCUCUUCAACAGGAGAAACAAUUGGUCCCUCUCUGGGCCUGAAGAAGUCCAGCUCCCUGGAGAGCCUCCAGACUGCCGUUGCCGAGGUUACACUCAACGGGGAAAUUAACCUCCACAGGCCACGCCCACGAAUCAUCAGGGGGCGGGGCUGCAACGAGAGCUUCCGGGCAGCCAUUGACAAAUCGUACGACAGGCCAGGAGUAAUCGUUACUGCUAUGGAAGAGUGUGACAUGAAGGGAAUGGAGACAUUGGAGGAGGACACCGAGGGGAGUUCUCGGUCAGGCCGGGACUCCAUAUCUACGGCCACUGACCUGACCCUGCCACCCGGCAACUCUGUAACCAUGGAGAGGCAGGUGAAUGGCAACGGUGAUAAAAAGAGGGAGAAGAGCGUGAGGGACAAGAAGAAGCCUGAGAGAGAGAAAGAAAAAGAGAGAGAAAAAAACAAAGCCAAGAAAGGUUUGCUGCUGAAGGGUCUGGGUGAUAUGUUCAGGUUUGGGAAGCACCGCAAUGGAGACAAGAUGGAGCGUAAGGGGUCGAGUAAAUCUAAGAUGGAGGACACACAGGCGUCUGAGGAGGAGAUGCUACGGAUGAAACUGGAGCAGGAGAGGAUUCAGGCGAAGACGAGGGAGUUCCGUGAACGUCAAGCGUCGGUGGCGAGGGAGAGGGAGUACGCUGAGAUCCUGGACAUCAACCCCAACCUGAACUGCACAUUCAGCUCCAAUGAGGACGAGGAGCACCCCUACGCAGGCAUCGGCUCCCUGGACGGGUCAUCCGAAGACAGCAGACAGGAGCCCCACCAAGGGCCCCAACCCCCCCAGGACAGCGGUCCAGACCAGCCCGACCUGGAAGCCCUCUAUGCCCAGGUCAACAAGCCUCGCAACGGACACCCUCCCUCAGCUGACAGCAACCGACUGGCGCCAAGUAACCAUGACCGGAUACGGCGUCUGAGGGUUGAGUUCCAGCAGGCCAGAGGAGAGGAGGACCCUGAUGACCGACGGCGCACAUACAGCUUCGAGCAGCCCUGGGCUAACUCGGAGACCUAUACCCUGACCGGACACCAAUCUGUUUCUGUGGAGUCACAGGUGCAGAGACCGAGACAAGACAAGAGACGAGACUCAUUUACACAGGCCCAAAGACAGUACAGUUCCCUGCCACGGCAACCUCGUAAGACCCCCAGCACAGUGUCCCAGGAGUCGUGUGACAAAGCCUUCCCGCCGGGCGAGGUCUUCCAGACGGCCAAGGAGAACCCCCGCUACUCAAGCUACCAGGGCUCCAGGAACGGCUACCUACACGGCGGGGCCAGUGGCUUCAACGCCCGCGUCCUGCUGGAGACCCAGGAGCUGCUGAGGCAGGAGCAGAGACGCAGGGAGCAGUCUGAGGCCAAGAUGAGACUACCGCCGCCACAGGAGGGGGUCCCUGUCACCAACACCAGCUACGAUGACAUUCACCCAGCCCCGACUCCAACCCUUCCCCAGGAUCCAGUCCUGACCCAGGCCCCGAUCCCUGUCACAGCCACACCCAAGGGGCCGUACCGCCAGGAUGUGCCCCCAUCUCCAUCUCAGCUGGCCAGGCUCAACAGGCUGCAAGGCUCAGAGAAAGGACAUCCAUUUUACUCCUGAUGGGCAAAGGAGGGAUAAGAUGAACUGGAGGAUGGAGGGGUUGAUGAUUAUCACCAGCAAUAAUAUAAGAGAGUCUGGAUCUUUUUAAAGUCCGCUAGAUCUCUUUGAAUGGUUUCAACACAGAGGUUUAAUUAAUUGUAUUUCUAUGUUGGUGUUUUUAUAACAAACUUUACAGUCAGGAUUCUAUUCACCCCAAUCACCAGUUGUCUGGUCUGUGUCUGCCAUCGUGAUCUUCCCACUUUAAGUGCCUUGUGGGAAGACUGUUCUGCCUUAAAGGUCGAAUGCAGCUGUUUUUAUCUCAAUAUCAAAUCAUUUAUGGGUAACAAUAAAGUAUGUUACUGUGAUUGUUUAAAAUUAAAAUGGUCAAAAAGAAACUUAAAUAACUUCUUAGUAAAGAGCAAUUUCUUAAACAAGAAUUUUGAUAGGGAGUAGUCUGCGAAGGGAGAGGAAAACAGAAAACUAGCUGUUAUGGCGAUGUCACCAGGCAGGCCAAAACUCCAUCCCACCAAAGCAGGCUCAAAUUUCAGGUGGUCUUUUCAAACAGUUUUACACUAAAAGGGCAUUAUCAUAAUUUUCACAAUUUCACAGCAUUAUUUCAAAAUAGUGUGUGAGAUUGUGUGGUUGACCACUUCGCUGUGUGAGGUUGUAUGCUCUACCAAAUCACGUAUUUGGCUGCACUGGGCCUUUAAGAGUCUAGUCCUCACCCUUCCUGUGGCUUGUGUAUUUGGACACCUUCAUCAUCCUGCAUUGUAUCUACAAAACAUUCUGUCAAUCAGCACCCCACAGUAUUUUCACCCAGACAUCAUGAGCAACUUCUGACACAAGUGUAUACUCCAAAGUGUUUGUGUAGGACCAAGAUUGUGUUUGGGUGUGUUCCUGUAGGGUUCUAUAUGCUGCUGUCAGCAUGUGCUGACAUAAAGAGCUACUGGGUUAACCAGCAUGUCCGAAUUCUGGGGUAAGACAACCCUAUAGUUCCCAGUUACACUAUAGAGGAAAAUUCCCCCUGGUCUAUGACACCAUUCUUAUUUAAACUCAGCCUCGCAUGCUCCCUCUCUCUCUCUCUCUCUCUCUCUCUCUCUCUCUCUCUCUCUCUCUCUCUCUCUCUCUCUCGUUCUCUCACUCUCUCUCACUCUCACUCUCUCUCACUCUCUCUCUCGUUCUCUCUCUCUCUCUCGCUCUCUCUCGUUCUCUCUCUCUCUCUCACUCUCUCUCUCUCUCUCUCUCUCUCACAUUUUAUCCUCUACCCUUGUUUUUUCUUCUCCUUUCUCUUGUAGUUCUCCUCCUCUCCUCCUCAACCAGAGGUUAUCCUUUAGAUCUCAUUUCACUGUGGGGUUUCAGGCUGGGUUUCUGUUUGCGCACUUUUUGAUAUCUGCUGAUGUAAAAAGGGCUUUAUAAAUACAUUUGUUUUGACUUGAUUUGAAAUCCUUUCAUCUGGGUGAUUCAUCAGUAUAAACGAGGUCAGGGUUGGGUUAUUAAUUAAUGUAGCUCAUGAAACAUGUAUCUGUGUUGUGUCUGGGCGGCGCUAGUGAGGGGGUGGUGGAUGGGUUAGAGGUAGAGUGGGAGGGUUAGGGUGUGUGUGUGUGCCAUGGUGUUUCUGCCUGACUGUUUGGUCGUUGACUUGGCUGAGCCACUGUAACUAAAGCCUGUAACCAGUCUGUUCUGACCCGUCCGACUGACUGCUGCUUCACAUUUUUCAUUAAGGUGGUUACUGGGAAACCACCUACUGUUCACUACAACGUUCCUAAACAGCGUCACAUACAGCCUCACAGCAUGACUGUCUGUCUUUCCCGAGGCCCAGCUAAAACAACAAUCUCUGUUACUUUUAAUUUCAUUCUAUUACCGUUCAUAAGUAAUCAAUACUGUCGUAAUUCAUGUUUCAACUACCAUUGCCAUGUUUUUUUCUCAACUGUGUGUGGGUGAGAAUGUCUGUGUGUGUGUGUGUGUGGGUGUGUGCCUGUAAUGUGAUGCCUCCCAUGUCUUUGAAUAUACCUUGGCAGAUGUUGAAACAAUGGGUGUCAAUGAAACGGCAAUAGGAGAGGAGUGAAGCGAAUAAGACAAGUGGGAGGUGGGAAUGAGGCAGUCUGUAAGGGUAGAUUGACCCGACAAGCGAUGUAUUCUAUUGCUUCCUCAGAAGUAUUCCACUGAGCCGCAUGGAACAGACCUGGGCUGGAGAAAAGGCACAUUUGACAUUUCCAUACUUCCAUAUUCACGCUCUCUCUUUCGCAAUUUAUUAUCGCUAUCUCUCUUGCUUUCUCUCUCUUUCUCUCUUCGCCCCUCUCUCUCUUUCUCUCUUCGCCCCUCUCUCUCUUUCUCUCUUCGCCCCUCUCUCUCUCUCUUUCUCUCUUCGCGCCUCUCUCUCUUUCUCUCUUCGCCCCUCUCUCUCUUUCUCUCUUCGCCCCUCUCUCUUUCUCCGCCCCUCUCUCUCUCUUUCUCUCUUCACCCCUCUCUCUCUCUCUUCUCCCCUCUCUCUCUUUCUCUCUUCGCCCCUCUCUCUCUCUCUCUCUCUCUCUCUCUCUCUCUCUUUCUCUCUUCGCUCCUCUCUCUCUCUCUCUCUCUUUGCCCCUCUCUCUCUUUCUCUCUUCGCCCCUCUUUCUCUCUCUCUCUCUUUCUCUCUUCGCCUCUCUCCCUCUUCGCCCCUCUCUCUCUCACUCUGUCUCUCUUUCUCUCUGUCUGUUUGCCUCUUUUCCUCUCUUUCACACUCUCUCACCAUAGUUUUAUAUGCUUCUCAAUAAGUGAUAUCGCCCUCCGUUCCAAACAUAUUGCUACCGUAUUAGAAUAUUCUAACCAAACAGCUGGUUUUGGUGCUUGAUGUUUCCACAGUGUUCCGCACGUUAGACUUGGAAGUGUAUCAAGUGCCUGCCAUAUCCAACGAGUCAUUUUUUUUUGUAUAGCAAAUAUUACUUCAUGCACAUUUUCAUUCAUUUUUUAAAAGAAUUAUGCGUUUAUUGUUUUAAUCAUGAGAGACAAAUAGUAAUCCUACACUAUGUAUUUUUAUGACUGUUCCUUGUCAUCUUUUAUAAACGGUAAUUAGGUACUAUCUAUGGUGUUUUCCCAAUGACUUAUGUAAUAAGAACAGUGUGAUUGGUUUAUAAGAAUUGUACCUGGUGUAUUAAAAACUCUAUACAGCCUC